AUGGAUCACGAACGAGAAUUACGCGUCGCCGAGCGCGCGGCGCGCGUCGCGGGAGCGGAGAUCGCGCGCGCGUGGACGCGCGAUCGCUCGAACGAGACGAGCGUGGAGUACAAAGGCGCGGUGGAUCUCGUGACGGCGACUGAUAAACUGUGUGAAGAUUUAGUCUUGAGCGCGCUGCGGGAAGCGUUUCCAGAGGAUGAUGUCGUCGGAGAAGAGACGCACGCGGCGAGCGGGGCGAAAGAAUUGUCGAAAACGACGUCGGUGAGGUGCUGGUACGUCGAUCCGCUGGAUGGGACGACGAAUUUUGUGCACGGGUAUCCGUUUAGUUGCGUGUCGGUGGGGUUGUGCGAGGGCGGCGAACCGACGGUGGGCGUCGUUUUUAAUCCGAUAUCGGACGAAAUGUUCACCGCGGUGCGAGGACGCGGGGCGUUUUUGAAUGGGAAGAAAAUUUCGUGCAGUGCGGUGCGAACGCUGGGGAAGGCGCUGAUCGGAACGGAGAUUGGCGUGCACAGGGACGGGAAGACGGUGGACGCGAUUAUGGGUCGCGUGCGAGCGUUGGUGGAAAAGUCACGCAGCGUGCGGUGCUCAGGGUCGUGUGCGAUGAAUAUGUGCGGCGUGGCGAUGGGUAGACUGGAUGGGUUCUUCGAGAUCGGGUUCGGCGGACCAUGGGAUUGCGUGGCGGGAACGAUUAUUGUGCGCGAAGCUGGCGGCGUCGUGUUCGAUCCUUCGGGAGACGCGUUCGACAUUUACGCGCGACGAGUGCUGUGCGCGAAUGGAAAUAUCGGUGAUGAAUUCGUGAAAGCGCUAAGCGAGGUCCCAGAUGGGCCGGGGGAACCUCAGCGACCGGAGAUCUAG